AUGUCUGUAGUCACCGACGAAAUAAGAGCCACCGCUACCGAGCUCUACCAUGGCGACAAAGUCUGCCAAGAUAAAACAAAGCUUCUACUAACCGAAGUCGGACUACCCAACGGCCUUCUUCCAUUGGAAGACAUUGAAGAAUGUGGGUACGUUAAAGACACAGGCUUCGUAUGGCUGAAACAGAAAAAGAAAAAAGAGCACAAAUUCGAAAAAGUCAACCGGCUGGCGAGCUACGCCAAUGAGGUCACGGCGUUCGUCGAGAAAUCAAAGAUCAAGAAGCUCACCGGAGUGAAGACUAAAGAGUUGAUGAUGUGGGUUAAUCUGAGUGAGAUCUAUGUUGAUGAUCCACCCACCGGAAAAAUCACGUUCAAAGCUCCGUCAGGUUUGUACAGGACUUUUCCGGUGUCGGCAUUUCAAAUCGAGGAGGACCAGAAACUUGAAGUGAAGGAGGUGUAG